AUGGCACCACGAGUCAUCAUGGACGACGAGUCCGACGAGUACGAGGACGAAAGCCCAUCAGCAAGAGGCAUGACGACAUUGCCAGCGCGCGCAGCAGCUCGCAAGUCGGCUGCGGCUUUCAAGGCGGUCGCUCAGGCCGAGGACGAGGAGGAAGAAGAAGAGGAAGAAGAGGACGAGGAAGUAGAGGACGAGGAUGAAGAGGAGGAUGAAGAAGAAGAAGGUGAGCAGGAAGAGGAAGAGAGCGAGGAGGAGCUCGAAGAGGAAGAUGAUGGCAGCGCACCUACUCGGGCGUCUACACCACGCACUAUCAAUCAAGCAGCAGUCACGCCCUCCUUGUCCUCUGUGGUCUCAAGCCCUCACACCGGCUCGGCCAUCAAGCUGAAAGUCAAGAUGAGCGCCAGCGGAAGCUCCUCGCCGACCGUCGAGCGCUUCACGCCGCAUUCUCCUGCCACCAAGCCUCGUUUGCCCGUUGUAUCUGCCUUGGCAACAGGAAGCAAACGCAAGGCGUCAUCCUACUCAAAAACCACGAAAGUAGCUAGCAAACGUCGCAAGUCACAAUUAGGCGGAUACGACGAUGAGGAUGAAGAUUUGGGUCUGGACGAUGAAGAGGAGGACGGGGGUGCCAAUUCCGACUUCUCGGAGGACAGUGCGAUGACAAACUCGCGUAUGACUGCACGACAACGGGCUAAAGAGCUUGGCGAUGAAGGCGAGACUCUGCUGGAGCUACCGACAAAGAAACCGCCGAAAGCCAAGAAGCAAUUCACUGAGCAAGAAAUGCAGCUUAGAAAGUCAGAGAACGCACGCAAGCGGAAGAAUUUAUCGGAUCGUAAGCUAGAAGAAGAGAAAACAGAGACGAUCAACAGGCUGCUGAAGAAGCAGGCGGGGAAGAGCCGCGGCGUCCCUCGUGCGACGGGCGCAUCUACACCCGAACCAAAGGAACCGACACCACUUCCGGUCGCUGUGCCUGUGCUGCGACGCUACGUCUCGUCGAUUCGCUCAGGAGAAUAUUUGGCAACCUACUCUCUGCCCAUCAGUCAGAUCAGCUGA